AAAUUAAGAGAUAAUAUUCACUGACACUUCUCAUUCGGCUCAUAACACCAGAAAAUAUAUCAAAAAUUAAAUCAAAAGUAAGGCAAAAUAUAUAAUGUAAGAGAGCCUCCGCUUAUAGCUUCGCUCUUUGGCAUUGAUUCGGAGAGGACGCCUUUGCAAAAUGGUCAGUAAGCUGCCUGCGCAGUCUGCACAUCUCGUCAAGCUAGCUCCAUCCGGCCAGGUGGCCGUUGCCGUGGUCAGUGAUCUCCAGGGGUCACAUUCAAGUUCCUUGCGCCGGAGGCUCAACUCGUUACUGCUCGCCAACGAACUGGGCACCUACAUUAGACACCUAUUGGCCCAUCUGGCCAGAAAGGUCUGUACGUACUUUCGUACCGGGCUGUGGGCCACCUACAAAGAUGUGGCCAUGUCCCCGGUCUUGGCCCAAAAACUGGCUGCAGUGGGAAGAAAGACCCUGAUCCUUGACCUGGACGAGACUCUGGUGCACUCCUGCUACCUUGAUCCUGAUACCCACGACAAUAUCGGUUGCAACCAGAUGCCCGAUGACGCCAAACCGGACUAUGAGCUCAAUGUAACUAUCGAUGGCAUCGAACCGAUCCAUUUUCGAGUCUUCAAACGGCCGUAUGUCGAUGAGUUUCUGUACUUUGUGUCCAAAUGGUAUGACUUGGUGAUUUACACAGCCAGCCUAGAGGUGUAUGCAGCUCAGGUAGUGGACCUUCUUGAUGGUGGAAGAGGAAUAAUUUCUCGUCGCUUCUACAGGCAGCAUUGCCGUUCAGCUGCGCCACUUAUUUCCAAGGAUCUGGCUUUGGUAAAUCCGGAUAUGAGAGGUACACUUAUCAUUGACAACUCGCCAUAUGCCUAUCGCGAUUAUCCUGAUAAUGCUGUACCCAUCAAGACCUUCAUCUAUGAUCCAGAAGAUACGGAACUGUUAAAAUUGCUGCCCUUCCUCGAUGCCCUGCGUUUCACCAAGGAUGUUCGAUCGAUACUCGGCCGGCGUGCUGACCGUCCUCCGGUUGUCCGAUCAAACGUUUCAAUACCUAGAUAAAGAUUACUUACCAAAGAUUGCCGUGUUAAAAAAAAAUAACUUAAAAUUCGGUAAUGCUUAAUUCAAUAUUUAAUGGCCUGAGGCUAGAAGCUGCAAUGAUGUCUGUAAAAAUCAAGCAGCAAUAAAAAAGCAGGCCCAUUCAAAUUGUAUGUGUUUUAAAAUGUAAUAUAUUGCUUAUUUAAAACUGA